AUGAUAGUGUAUAGGUCCACAAAUAUAGAAUGCUUUCCCGAUCCCGCAUUCGCGGUAAACUCGACAUGUCGCAUAAGGGCCGUUAAUUGGAAUAAAGCAGUUGCCCAAAUGGACUGUGAUCUCAUUACACCUUUGGCAAACACAUCGGUGCAAUUAGAGCUUUUUAAGAAGAGCGACAACAAUCGAUAUCAUCCCUUUCUGGUCAACGUGACCGUGAAUAUGUGCGAUGUCAUAUCCAAAAGGAAUUUCAUGCCAUACGGAACGAUAUUUUGGAAAAUAAUCAAGGAACACACGAAUGUGAAUCACAGCUGUCCAAUUAGGCCGGGGCAUCUAAUAGCAAGAAAUCUGUACAUUGACGAAAGCUUUCUGCCCAGAUUCCCUUUGGGCUUCUAUAAAAUUUCUAUUAAACUCUUAGAAACCUACAUGGACCAUCCCAAAAGAUCCGUUGGCAUUAUAAAGUAUUAUUUUCAAGUUAAACAAAUGGUCAAAGCAAAGAAAAAGGGACAAGAUUAA